GUGUGUGUGUGUGUGUGUGUGUGUGUGUGUGCAUGGCGCCUAUAGGCUGCAAAUAAGCCAUAUUCUUUCUUAGAGUAGCCUAUUAAGUAUUGCUCUUCUUUCAAAACAAAAAGACUGGGCGCGCCCGUGCACAUUGACGUCCCUUGUGUCCAAAUCCUCUCCGUUCCAUUCAGCGCGAAAAGUAAACAAGUGAGCUAUUUGUUUAAAGCUCCCGUUGUUCUGUUCGUUAAGGCGAGCACUAAGGCGAGCACUAAUCUGCUUUUGAAUAGGUCGAUUCGAGGAGGAACAAAUGUUACACACGAUUUUCCAGCAACACGCCAACCUGCCGCUUUGACGGCUUUUGUUUGUCCCCAACAUAAUUCACCGUCCUAUAUGCAUCACAACGGCAGGAUGAGAGAAUAUUCAUCAGGAUUAAACCUAAUAGUAUUAGAGGAUUAUUAUUAGGAUUGGAAUUAUGUGAUACUUGACUGGUCCCGCAUAAUAACGCCUGCAGACAGUAGGCCUAUCUAAAAUAGUGCCCAGGUUUGGCGACAUGUGGGAAUGGGUUUGAUUUUCUACCUUGGUAGUUUUGAAGAAAAGGAUGGCAUUGCUUUUUUGUUUCAGUUCUAAUAUUACGUUUGACGAAUCCACUGUCCUUAAGAGAUAACACGUUUAUGCCUAAAUCUAUUUACAACCCCCCUAAUCUGAAUCGGGUAACCUGCGACUCAUCGCGCCCAGUGGUGGGGGGUAUUCGAUUCACAUGCUAAACUUUUUAGAACCUCUGAUUUUAAUUAGUGACGUAUGAAAAUCCCUGAUUCGUUUAAAUCGUCACCUGAGCAGCCAGCAUUCAGAGGCCAGUAACUUUUCAGAAGAGAGUUGGUUGACAGUAUGGCUGCACCUACCGUUAGUUGCCAGAUCAGGCUGGUUGACGCAAAGCCAGUUUUCACCAUAGACAGCAUCCUUGGGUUGAAUUUGGACAGGCCAGGCCUACAAAAUGUGUCUGUGAAGCUGUAUCGACCUUGGACAGAAUUGGAACCAACGCAACAGAGAAGUCACACCAUAGUCAAUAGACCAUCAGAGCCUUCCGCAGAGAUAAAGGGGACAGUAGAAGAACAGAAGCUCAACUGUAAACGACACAUUACGGAGUCCUACAGGAGAACAUUAAACUGGUACAUUGGGCGCAGGCCGCGGACGGCAUUCAGUAGCACACAGAUUGAAGUCUUGGAGAGUGUGUUUCUCAUCAACUCCUAUCCGGGUAUUGACAUCAGAGAUGAACUGGCACAAAGGUUACAUCUGGAGGAAGAUAGAAUACAGAUCUGGUUUCAGAACCGCAGGGCCAAGCUGAAACGUUCUCACAGAGAGUCACAGUUCCUCAUGGUGAAAAAAGCCUUCGCAGAUCUCAAGGACAAAGAAGAGGAAUAGUCCUUAUGAUAAACACAGACCUUAUAGGGGCCUUAAUUACCUUAAUUAAGCCUCUCACUCUCUUUCUCCCUCUCUCUUUGCUCUCUCUCUCUAUAUAUAUAUUUAAUAUAUUCUAUGAUGUAAAUGUACAUUUUCCAGGGCAGCGUUUCCCAAACUCGGUCCUUGAGUCCCAGAGGUGUGCACGUUUUGCUUUUUUCCCUAGCGCUCCUAACCCUACACAGCUGCUUCGAAUAAUCCAAGCUUGAUGAUGAGUUGAUUAUAUGAAUCAGCUGUGUAGUGCUAGGGCUAAAAAGUAAACAAAACGUGCACCGAGUUUGGGAAACCCUGUUCUAGGGUAUGUUCGUUUUUAUAAACAGAUAAGACCAUUGUCAAAUACAUUUGUGGGUACGGCGUUUAUUGAGCUAUAUUGGCAAGAAUGUUUAUCUUCUCCAACAGCAGAAUACAUUUCUGAAAGUUUAGAUUAUUCAAUUAUUUAGUUUGCAAGCAGCUGCAGGUUGUGGGUGUUCCCAGAACAUCCAGAGUUAAGCUCUCCUUAUUGUUCGAGAAACACCCCGGUAGGAACCAAUUUGUCUCCUUCAGUAGUGCCUCAGCAAGACAAUUAAGUUUAGGGGAGUGAGAGACAAAAGAGUAGCUGUGAGGAAGCCUGCCCUGCAGGCAACAGGAAGGAGAAGGUAUAAAGGUUUAGACCGUAGAGAAAGCUUUGAGAAAAGAAAAGAAGAAAGUAUAUUUAAGAUCAUUUCAGAUAAUUGCAUUUAUGCUCUGGCAGGCAUCCGCACCUCUCUUUUCUGACUAAAGAAGUAGGCCCAUAAACCUCUAUUUGUGGUGUCAUGCAGUAAAAUAAAGAUAAGGAACAGGGAAUUUAAGUUUACAACUCAAACCAAUAGGCAACCUCUUGAUUAACCCACUACUCUACUAACAUGGUAUGGCUGCAGUUUCAAUGCCUUAACACAGGAGGGUGCUAAAGAAUAUCAAACGAUUCUCUCUGUAUGUCUGUCUCUCUCCUCCCCUCUCUCUCUGUCGAGUCCUUUGCCCCCUCCCCUACUCUGACUCUCUGGGUCUAUUAUACACUAAUAAAAUAUAA